UUAUUCAUUUAGAUGAAUUAUUUAAUUAAAAGUGUAUAAUAAAUAUUAUGGCUGUGAUAUGUAACGAAUCCGUUGAUAACAGACCAAAUCAUAAUGUAACAGUAGUCAAAUGUACACCAUAUUAUCCAACAGGAAUACCAGCAAAUGAAUGGCCACGAUUGACGAAAACACAUGUUACUGUGAUAAGUAUCUUAUUAAUAUUAUGCGCCUGUUUUGUUGGAUACAUUGUUUGGAGUGGUUUAGCUCAAAAACAAUUUGGAGGAUUAAAACCACCAAAUCCUGAACAGGAAUUACCAGCAUCAGCAUCCAAAUUACAAGAAUUUAGAAGAGCUGCAGUGUGUGCAGAUUCUAUACUAUGUGCAAGAAUUGGCAGAGACAUACUUGCCAAAAAUGGAUCAGCUAUGGAUGCAACAUUAGCUGCAUUAUUUUGUAAUGGGGUAGUUAAUAUGCAAAGUAUGGGUUUAGGGGGUGGAUUUUUUAUGACUGUUUAUAUAAAUGAAACAAGAGAAGCGGUUGUUUUGAAUGCUCGAGAAAAGGCACCAUUAAAUUCAUCAUUAAAUAUGUUCAAUGGUGAUUCACAAAAAUCUAAAGUUGGGCCAUUAGCAGUAGCAGUUCCUGGAGAAUUGCGAGGAUAUUGGGCGGCUUAUAAACGAUUUGGUAAAUUACCAUGGAAAGACAUCAUUGAGCCAACAAUAAAAAUUUGUGAAAGUGGUUACAAUAUGACAGCACAUCAGCAUUUUUCGUUAUCAAAGAGUCCAUCUGUUAGAAACGACCCUGUUUUAAGAGAGUUAUUUAUCGAUAAAGAAACAAAUAAAUUUAAACCAGCUGGUAGUUUAAUCAAACCAAAAAAAAUAUGCAAUACACUAAGGAUAAUUGCUGAAAAUGGGGGUGAUGAUUUAAAUAAUGGAACUUUAUCAAAAAUAUUGAGUGAAGAUAUAAAAGAAAUGGGUGGAAUUAUUACAGAAGAAGAUUUGAAUACAUACGAACCCGUGUGGACUGAACCAAUAAAAGUAACAUUACGAGAUGAUGACGUAUUAUAUACUGUACCACCCCCAGCUAGUGGUGUUUUAUUAGGAUUAAUUUUAAACGUAUUAAAUCAAUAUAAUUUUACUGAAGAGAGUAUUGCUGAUAUUGAUGAUCGAGUACUUACAUAUCAUAGAAUUAUUGAAGCAUUUAAAUAUGCUUUUGCUAAACGAACCGAAUUGGGUGAUUUAAACUUUUUGAAAGAUGGAAAAGCGAUGGUCAAAAAUUUAACAUCACAAGCUUAUGCUCAACAAAUUUACCAUCAAAUAAAUGACAGUCGAACAUAUCAAGAUCCAGAGCAUUAUGGUGCCAAAGCUUACACCAAAAACAACCAUGGUACUGCACAUAUUUCAGUACUUGCACCUAAUGGAGAUGCUGUUUCUGUUACCAGCACCAUUAAUAUCUACUUUGGUCCUUCAAUCACUUCACAACGAACAGGAAUUAUAUUGAACAGUGGAAUGGAUGAUUUUUCGUCACCUGGUUAUGAGAAUUACUUUGGUUUACCAUUCUCACCAGCAAAUGCAAUUGCGCCGGGUAAACGACCACUGUCGUCUAUGACGCCGUCUAUUAUUACAGACAAAGAUGGAAAUGUAAAAGUUGUUGUUGGAGCAGCGGGUGGAACGCGUAUCACAACAAGUGUAGCUUAUGUUUUAAUGCAAAUUUUAUGGUUUGGUAAAAAUGUAAAACAAGCCGUGGAUGCGCCAAGAAUACAUCAUCAAUUAUAUCCAAUGGAUGUUAAAUACGAAUAUGGUGUUUUGCGACAAGUAAUAGAAGGUUUAGAACAUUUAGGUCACAAAAUGGAUAAUGCACGUUUGGCAGCCUCAGUUGUUUGUGCAAUUGUAAAAGAAGCUGGAAAAAUAUUAGCGAAUGCUGAUUACAGAAAAGGUGGUGAAGUGUUUGGACUUGAUUAAAUUUUAUUUGCUAUUCAUCAGUGGGUACUCAAAUUUUCUUUACACCAAUGAAUAUUUUAAACAGUAUUAUUGAUAGUAAAGAUAUCAUCUGCAGUGCAGAUUUAGAUUAAUACGUUGUACCUCUGCAAUCUCUAUUGAUUUUAAAUAUAAAAAUCGCAUCAAAUAAUUUUCUUAUUUAUUUUAUUAAUUUAGACAAAUACCAUUUAAGUAUGAAUCGUUGUAUAUUAUUUUAAAACUCUGUCAGUAUUUUAAUGUUUACCAGGGAUGUAUUCGGGUUUAGUUUAUCUUUUAUCUAUGAUUCUCGGUUUUCGCUCUAUUUCAAUCAAUUUUAUUGACCAAUUAUAUUUUAUUCAUUUAUGAAACUCAAUUUUAUUAUCUUAAAUACAUCUCUGGUAAAAUGAUAAGCUCGGAUUACGUUUAAAAUUUGAGGAAAUGUUCAAAUGACACUGUUAAUAAAAGCAAAAAUUUAAUUCGAAAUUUGAAAAUUAUUUUUUCAAUAAA